AGCUAUCUACCUAGCUCACACAAUACAUAUAUACAAACACACAGAGUUAUUUCUCAGCACAAGGAAGAAGAAAGUGCUCAUAAAUAUACAGGAGGGAAUUGUAAAGUAGCUAGAUAUAUCUGUAUAGGGUUUAGGAGAAGGAGAUUAAGAGAGGGAGGUGGGUUGAUGGAGCUGUUCCCUGCACAACCGGACUUAUCUCUACAAAUUAGCCCUCCAAACAGCAAACCCUCAUCCUCCUCCUCAUCAACUAGUUGGAGGAGAAGCAGUCAUAAACGUCAUCAGGAGGGGGUGGAUUUGGGGUUUUGGAGGAGAGCCUUGGACUCCCGAAACUCCACCUCUGACGAGCUUUCGAAUACCAAUCAUCGUCCUCAACACUACAAUAAUAUUACAGCCGGUACUAGCUGUAAUGGUGUUAAUGGCAAUCUUUUCCAUCCCUUUCAGUUUCAGCAAAGCCACUACUUUCCCCAAGCUCCCCAAGCAGAUGUGCAACAAGAAUUACAGCAAUCGGAUGAGCUGCUUGGGUUUUUGAGACCCAUUAGAGGAAUUCCACUGUACCAAAACCCUCCUCCUCCUCCCCCUAAUAAUUUCUUCCCAUUUUCUUCUUCACAAAAGCCAGUUAAUUUCGACAAUAAUACCGCAACCUCCACCUCUACAAUUACUAGUUCAACCCCACUAUUUCAGGCAGCUGCUCAUCAUCAUCAUCAAGGUCAUCAUGGCGGUCUUCUAAGAUCCCGGAUUUUCUCUCGCUUUCCGGCCAAACGGAGCAUAAGAGCCCCUCGGAUGCGUUGGACUACUACUCUUCACGCCCGCUUUGUUCACGCCGUUGAGCUUUUGGGUGGCCAUGAAAGGGCUACACCAAAGUCAGUUCUUGAGCUUAUGGAUGUCAAAGAUCUCACAUUGGCACAUGUUAAAUCUCAUUUACAGAUGUACAGGACGGUGAAAACCACCGAUAAAGCAGCGGCCUCUUCAGGACAAAGUGAUGUAUAUGAAAAUGCUUCAUCUGGGGACACCACUGAAGACAUAAUGUAUGAACUUCAGAACCCAAGAAGGUCUUGUGAGCAGCUACCAUCAGCUCAGCACGGAUCAAGAUCGAUUACUGUUCAAGAUAAUAAGGAGUACUACGGCCUCUGGAGCAAUUCUUCAAGCAGAGAAGCUUGGUUGCAUGCAAACCCAAAGGAUUCUGCACCUGCAAAUAUUAUACCAUCUCUCGAUGAUCAGGAGAGGGAGGACACGAACAUGAUAGAUCCAAAAGGAUUAAGUUAUGAGAAAAUAUCAGAUAUAAGCAGCUCCUCAACAACCAUUUCAGCUGGAGGGACAAGCCUAACCCCCAGGAAACCCAAUUUGGAGUUCACUUUGGGCAGGUCACAUUGAAAUUGAAUAGGGAUAUAAUUAAAUUAAAUUAAACCUAAUUCAAUUUCUAUGUUUUUAAAUUCAAUUUCUAUGUUGUUAAAUUCAAUAUAUAUAAAUAUUAAGCC